AUGCCGGCUGAUCCUUCACUCAGUGCGCGGUUUCUCUGCAUCCACUGACAACGAACAAGAUGACAUCGCGCUUUAAAGCUUAAUCUCGCUAACUGAUGGCCCCUCUGGAUUCGCCUCUCUUAUUUUGGAGCCAGAAGUAGGUUAUGAUAUUUUCUUGGCAGCUAAAGUAAUUUGUGACAGGCUGUGCCUGCUUGCACACUUGCAACGUUGUUUCUCUGCUCGGUGCUCUGUGAGGUUCACAACAUGUAUAAGUUAUGCAUUGUCGUCGUCCUGUGCUGUGCGUUUUUUCCACGGUGCUCUGCAGCGCCAAAGACCUGGGGUGCAGAUCCCAGGUCAGAAUUUGAGCGCCAGGCAAAGCAAAACGACGGGGUGCAGGAGGAGAUAAAUGUCCAGGAGAGCAUCCUCUCUAAGCUGCUGGGUGAUUAUGACAAAGUGAAAGCCCUCUCGGAAGGCUCUGACUGUCGGUGUAAAUGUGUUGUCAGACCCCUGAGCAGGAGCGCCUGCCGGCGGAUAGAAGAAGGGAGCGCCACUGCGCAGGACUUCUACACCGUGGAGACUAUCACAUCUGGACCAGAGUGCAAGUGCGCCUGCAUCGCUCCUCCGUCAGCAGUCAACCCAUGCGAGGGAGAGUUCAGGCUGAAACAACUUAGAGAAGCUGGAAAAGAGAAUGUCAAGCUUUCCACUAUCCUCGAGCUGCUGGAGGGCUCCUUCUAUGGCAUGGAUCUACUGAAGCUGCACUCCAUUACCAAUAAGCUGAUGGAUCGCAUGGAAAACAUAGAAAAGGCAGUAGCUCAGAACUACACCACAGUUGAAGUGAAGCCCCAGGAGAGCCCUCCGAUCCAGGCAGAUGCGACUGAAAGCCCGCCCACCCCUCCUCCGCACCGGCAUCAGGACCAGAAGAGACCAAGUGAGGUCAGCAGGACCGCAGCAUAUCAACACCCAGAUGAACAGUAUGAGAAUAAGUUUAUUGGAGAAAAUCCAUCCUUCCUGAAGACGGAUGGUUCUGCUCAGAUCAUUGAAGUCAAACCUCAGGUGACUCUCAGAAACGUGGCAAACAAGGAGGCUUCUCAUGUGUCCAAGACCGGCCCCAACGGAAUGAUCAUAAGAGGAAUUACUUUUUAUAAAUCGGAGCCAGAUCCGAUGGUGGCGGACGACGGAGAGCCCGGAGAGAACCUUUUUGAGUAUCAUGGAUUCAGUGGCGAUGGCCCAAUUAACCUCUUAAUUGAGGAGAAUCUUUUACAACACAGAGUCCCUCGCCCCAAGACGAGGAUGGGACCAAGAUUAUUUCAACCAAAGACAACCGGUCCUUUGCAAGGUUCCACGAAGAUCAGCCAAUUAGCAAAACCGAAUGAAACUGAGCCCACCUCAAAAACUCAUGAUGAGUUCAUCAGUGCCGUUGGAACCACAUCGGUGGACGAGUCAACAGAUGUACAGAGUGACACAUCCACAGUGAGAAGCGUCACGUUUGGACCAACCAUGACCACACAACAAACCAGGACCACGGACACUGCAGCUCAAACUACUCAAAGAGUCACUGCUGGAAUCACUCAGCGGCCAAUGCCUUUAAAGGCUGAACCAUCUGGCACUUCUUUAAGCAUCACUGCCAAGGAAACAACCAAAACUACAAUAACCCCAACCCAACCAUCCGAAACUACAGCCACAAAAGAAGUCGUACCAGCAUUCACGACAAGAAAUGCACCAACCACCAUAAUGAAAACCUCUACCCAAGCGGUGAAAGAACAAAUGCAAAUCAUACCCAGCAGCACUGCAGCUCUUAUAAGCACACAUACGUCAAAUACAGCCACUGAUCCUUCGACUACCAUUCCGUCUUCCAUCACAACCCAUGCUGCCCUGACCACAGCACCAAUACACCCCACAACAGCUUCCACACCGGCUACCUCCACGCAGGUUACUGCCACGACACCAGAAGAAAAAACUGAACCCACCUUCUUUUCAGCUUCGACUUUGCCUCCUACCACACAGAGACUGAUCACUUUGUCUCCGCACACUUCUCCGCCUUUCACCACACCUGAGACUACCCCUUCUUCAGCUACCACCACCACCACUACCACCACCACUACCACCACCACUACCAGACAGGCUGCUCAAGUCAAACAGAAAUACAAAAUCAGCUGGGAAGAGGAAGAACGGGAUCAGGGACACCCGGAAUUAGAUGAGCCGAUGCAAAGGCAGGAGGAAUCUCCCUCAAGAAAAUCUGGGGAGUGUAAGGACACUUUGGCAACAAUUUCGGAGCCGGUAACUCACAACACCUAUGGCAGGAAUGAAGGAGCAUGGAUGAAGGAUCCCAAGUCCGAUAAUGACAAAAUUUACGUCACAAACUUGCUCUACGGAAAUAAUCUCCUGGAGUUCCGCAACCUGGAGGUUUUCAAACAAGGCCGGUUUACCAACUCAUACAAGCUUCCUUACAACUGGAUUGGCACAGGGCACGUGGUCUACGGCGGGGCUUUCUACUACAACCGCGCCCUCUCCCGAGACAUCAUCAAGUUUGACCUGCGGCGACGUUACGUGGCCGCCUGGACCAUGCUGCACGAUGCUCUGGUGGAAGAGUCGUCGUCGCCGUGGGAGUGGCACCGCCACUCAGAAGUCAACUUUGCCGUGGACGAGAGCGGUCUGUGGAUCUUCUACCCGGCACUUGACGAUGAGGGCUUCUUACAGGAGGUGGUCGUUCUGAGUCGACUGGACCCCUCAGACCUCAGCAUGCAGAGGGAGACCACCUGGAGAACCGGGCUCAGGAGGAACCACUACGGGAACUGCUUCAUCGUGUGCGGCGUCCUUUACGCUGUUGACAGCUACAACCAAAGGGACGCCAAACUGGAAUACGCCUUCGACACGCACACAAACACUCAGAUGACUCCCAGAAUGCCCUUCACCAACAACUACACCUACACCACGCAGAUUGACUACAAUCCCAAAGAGGGUGUUUUGUAUGCGUGGGACAACGGGCACCAAGUCACAUACAACAUUAAGUUUGCCUAUGUAGACCCCUAGUAAAGGGCUGACAGUAGUUAUUUUAAAAAGUUAAUUGUAUGGUUUGAAUGGAUUGUAGAUCAGUCCACAUGGCCUUCAGUAAGGAGACAAAUGAGGGCCAAAUGUACAAAUAUACUGAAGUGUAUUGAGACAAAAUUGUUUUGUUAAUUUGUUCUUUGUUUUGUUUUUUAACUGAAAUGAAUUAAACGAUGGGCCCGAUUCCUCAGUCAACACAUCAAGUUGAACUGUAUAUUGUAUUACUGUAAAAAAAUAAAAAUAAAAAAGCCCUGUGAGAUAAAUGAAUGUAGAAAGGUGUCAGAACCAGCUCACGUCUUGGGUCAAAUAACGCUUUAGCAAUUCACAUAAACUAACUAAUUCUUCUCUUUGAACAAAUCCCCAAAUUAUGUGGAGAAAUUCCAUGUUUGUUUUAUACACGUGAUUUUUGUAUUUCAUUGUUUUUUGCAUCAUAUGCCGCGGGUCGUCUGUGUCGUAAUAUCACAGGUGUUGCUGUUGACCUUUGUCUUGGGAAAGCACUUACCCCCCUCCAUAUCAGACUGUUUCUGAAGAGACUGCAAUAAAGUUGGUAAAUACUAACAGAAAAUGUCCUCUUUGUUUGGAUAAUCACAUUGAAGUCAAAGUGGCUUUAACUAUAGCUUGUGUGUGUUGAUUUAACUGUGAGGAUAGAAGACAAUCGGGCAGAAAAAAGGACGGAAAGAAAAAACAUAAAUACAAACAGAGACAACGAUUGUCCAAGCCUGUAGUUUACAGUUACUAAAUUGAGUUAUUGUGGAAGAAAAUACUCCGGAAUAGUCUUUCUAUUGUACUUGUUGAAAAUAUUCCCCUCAAUGGCCCGAAGGUAUUGUAAAAUCCAGUGUUUAUUUUGGUUUAUGCACAUAAUAGAAUACAAAAAAACAAAACCCUCACACAUUUUUAAUUGUACUGUUUGGAUGCAAUGAAACAAUACGGUGAAUCAAAUAUG